ACGAAACAAGCUAUAAUAACAAAAGAUACAAUUUUUUUAAUAUUUUUGGUGGUAGAAAAUAAAAGGAUCCAUCGUUUCAUAUGAACACCAAAAUGGAUACAAGUGAGAAGAAAUCCGAGAAAGUUGUAUUGGAAAAUAAUUUGAGCGAAUGCGACAUUGUUGUUUCCAACGAUAAACAAUAUGUUUGCGAUAUUUGUCAGGAGGUAUUUCCACUAGAAUUAAGCAUGAUAACACACCGAGACACAAUUCACAAUGAGCAAAAAGAUUACUCUUGCGAUAAGUGCGAAAUGAAAUUUGAGUUCCGAAGUCAUUUGAGUCGACACCAAAUAUUAGUACAUAAAAGCCGCAAUAAUUUUGCAUGCGACAGAUGUGAGAAGAAAUUUGUGAAAAAAUCGAGUUUGUUCACACAUCAGAAAUUAGUUCACAAAAAACAAGAAGAUCACUCAUGCAACAAGUGCGAGAGAAAAUUUAAGGAUAAAUCGACUUUACUCAAACAUAAAAAAAUAUUCCACGAAGUUUUCAAAGAUUACUUGUGUGAAAGGUGUGCCCAGAGAUUUAAAAAUAAACAUAGUUUACUUGUACAUAUACAGAUAGUUCACGAACGACGCAAAGAUUUUGCAUGUCACAAAUGCGAGAAAACAUUCGGACAAAAAAGUUCUUUGCUCUUGCACACAAGAACCUUACAUGAAGAUCGCAAAGAUUACGCUUGCAAUAAGUGUCAGAAGGUAUUUACACAAAAAACGAGUUGGCUCCGCCAUCAAAAAGUAGUUCAUGAAGGUCGAAAAGAUUAUUCAUGCGAUAAGUGUGAGAUGAAGUUCGGAAAAAAAUCAAAUUGGUUGAGCCACCAAAAGACUGUUCACGAAGAGCGAGAAUUCCCAUGUGACAGGUGUGGGAAGAAAUUUGGACUAAAAUGGAUUAUGUUACAGCACCAAAAAUUAGUACACGAAGGUCGCAAAGAUUGUAGACAAGUCUGGCAACGCGGCACUGUAUUUGACAAUGCAGUUCAUGUGCAGAGGCACGAUGAAAGUGACCAGAUUAUUUUUGCAUUUAGGGGAUCAAAUUGA